AUGCUGGCAAUCGCAGUAGCAUCGGUAUUCUACUACACGGCUUUCAUGCGCGCUGCCGAUCGCAUCUCGUACAGAGGGCUGUUUCCGCCAUUUUUGACCGGGGCUAUUGGUAUUCUACUUGCCCUGGACUUGCUUGAGGUCUACUUCUCGUUCUUCACACCCGAGAACAGUGACACUCCGUUCUGGUUUGGUGCCUCGCAGCGUUCGCGCUACUUGCUCUUGAUUACAGUCACCAACGCUGUCUUGUUUUUCCUCCAUGGAGCCGCGCAGCACCGUGCAAUUUUCCUCCGCCCACACCAACCCUGCACCGAUGAGACCGAGGAUUAUGUGGAUGCUGAGUCGGACAGAGACUUUGUCGAAACGCCGUUGGCACAAACACGUGGAAAGAAUGGCUCUCCUUCCCUGGUCGAUACACCCGAGUACAGUGGUUCGUGGUUCGAUACAUUCACAUUCUCGUGGGUCAACGACAUAUUCUACAAGGGCUCUCGUCGUCAGCUCGACUAUGCGGAUCUUUAUAAACUGGAUACGAGUGACAUGGCGAUUCCAAACUGGAGCCGCUAUGCAAAGCACCGCAAACCAGGUCGGUCUCUGCUAUUGUCGCUAAUCCUGACGUUUGCCCCUCAGCUCCUCGCUCAGCUGCUGCUUUCUGUGGCUGUCGCAGUAUUAAACUACUCUGGUCCGUUCUUCUUGCAGCGCAUUCUGCAGUCGAUCGAGAUUAUUGGCAAUACUGCCGUGGGUGGUACUCCAGCAAAAUCGAUCCGUAGUGCAUAUCUGGAUGCAUUCGGGCUGUUCGUCUUCACACUCCUAAAUAUGCAGCUUGUUGACCAAGCGAUGUGGAUUGGCCGUCAUAUGGAUUUCCGCAUGAAGGGUCUCUUGGCUGGCGAGCUGUCUACCAAGACCUUGAACCGUCGCGCAAAGGGAUCACUUGAGGGUGUCACAGGCGAUGACGAUGAGGAUAGCAGCGACAAUGGGUUAGAGUCGGCGCAGGAAGCGACAAACGGCAAAAUAAUGAAUCUGCUCACCACAGAUCUCAACCGUGUCACCAAGAUCGUCGCCUACCUGGAUGACCUGUACACGCUGCCUCUGUCAGCAGUCAUUGGUGUCAUUUACAUGUUCAAGCUGCUGGGAUGGUCAUCGCUCAUCGGAUUCUCGAUCGUGAUUCCGUACUACCCACUGACAAGGAAACUAUUCCGCUAUCUGUCGGAUCUUGAGGAGAAAACUUCGGAGCUGAGCGACGAGCGUGUGGAAGCGAUUACAGAGCUUCUGCAAGGAAUCAAGGCUGUCAAGCUCUAUGGCUGGGAGUCCCAGUUCCUCAAAAAGAUCGAUGCGCACCACGAAAAGCAGCUGGGUUCGAUGUGGAGAUGGCUACUCGGCUGGGCCUAUGCAUCCAUCGUCACGUCUCUGUCACCGAUGAUCGUCAUGGUACUGAUACUUGCGUCGUAUACCGGCAUAUUCGGACACCAAAUCAAUGCCGAGAUUGCAUUUACAACGAUCUCGGUGUUCCAGCUUCUGCGAAUUUCACUGGAGCAUUUCCCCGACUUUUUGAGCUGGGUCAUUUCGGGCUAUGUGUCGCUGAAACGUAUCGAUUCAUACCUUGCGAUGCCUCAGGCCCAGGACCUCGAAGAGCGGAUCUGUCGAGUAGAUGGCAGUAGUGAUGUGCUAGGAUUUGUCAAGGCUAGUCUAGUCUGGGACACACAUGGGAAAGACAGCUCGACUAAUUCAGCCGAUGAUACUGGGUAUAUGGCGAAGGUCGACGAGAACACACCACUGAUAUCAGACGCUUCGACCCGUUCAGAUGCUUCAUUGGACAGCCAGCAGGAACAGCCAGAUAAGGUUGCAUUCAGGCUCAAGGACAUCGAUAUUCGCUUCCCUGCUAACGGGCUAUCGGUCAUUGCUGGUCCGAACGGGCAGUGGCAAGUCAUCGAUUGCUCGGGUCUAUUCAGCUGCCAACUGUCAAUGCCGAUCCAGAGCAUCGCUUCGAACCAGGGCUAUCAAGACGUUAUUGAGCUGUCAUGCGAACAGAUGGCAAUUCGCGAUAUUGCCUAUGUUGCGCAGGAGGCAUGGCUGCGCAAUGCCACCAUCCGCGAGAACAUCCUGUUCGGCGAGCCGUAUGAUCAGCAGCGCUAUGAGGAGGUGCUGCGUGUCUGUGCACUGAAGCCCGAUCUGCGGAUCCUGACUGCUGGCGACCAGACCGAGAUUGGCGAGCGCGGUGUGACGCUGUCGGGUGGCCAGAAGCAGCGUGUUGCAUUGGCGCGUGCUGUGUACUCGGACCGCAAGAUCCUGCUUAUUGACGACUGUCUGUCAGCUGUCGAUGCACACACUGCCAAGCACAUCUUGAUGGAAUGCCUGCUGAACAAGUCAUCGCUGAUGCAUGGCCGCACUCGUGUCCUCGUCACCCACCACGUGUCGAUGUGCCUUCCGUAUGCGCAGUACAUCGCGGUGAUGCGUGAGGGCGAGAUUGCGCUCAAGGGCAAUCCACAGGAACUGCAAGCCCUGGGCAGGUUCUCUGCCACACUUGCUGAGCUCGACACUAAGGAAGACACCAAUUCUGAUGAUGGAUCGAAGGGCAAGGAAGUUGAUGACAUCGAAGAUGAUGGCAAUGCCGAGCGGGCCAAGGCUGUCAAUGAUCCGACAUCGGAAGACGAGUACAACAGCAAGAGACUGGACAAACUGGUCGUUGAUGGGGGCUUGGGUGACAGAUAUCAACCCGGCAAACCUUGAAGGAACUUUGGUUGAGGACGAGGAGCGUGAGACUGGGCGGUCAAAAUGGAUGUUUGGCAUAUAUUCCUCUCAGCAUGCGGUGGCUACUGGUACUGGUUUGCUGUUCUUUUGUUAAACUCCCUGACCAAAGUGGUUGCGAUUGUUCAAGACUACUGGAUCCGCAUCUGGGUAGCAGCAAAUGACACGGCAAUUCCACACAUGGUUCUACGCGAUUCUAUCGACACAGUGUCACCAACAGCAAACACCAAGCAUAGUCGGCCAGCAUACAGUAUCGUUUUGGAUCGGUAUUUACCUGGCAAUCGGUGUCAUCGAAGUUUUUGCGCUGUUUAUCAAGCUUGCCUAUGCAUAUUCUGGAGU